AUUAUUUUUUCUUGCAAUGACAAGGAAUUUCCUAAGUUAAUAAAUAGUAAUAUAUAUUAAUAAUAGCAUUUUAAGUUUGAAUCCGGAAAUACUAGAAAAUGGAUGCAGUUACAUUAAAUAACACCAGUAAAGACACAAAUGGAAUAUCGCCCAAGACAAAUGACGAAGAUACCGGAUUUACUUCCUGCGGCACACACUUGGAUAUUAAAGGCAGAAAGUUGACAAUACGCAUGCUGCGUAUGAAUUUAGGUACUCUCGUUACCAUAUCUCCUCAAGGCAACGAAAGUCUUAAUGAAAUGGGAGUUGCAUGUCCGGCGGUAUAUGCCGGAGCAUCCUCAUCAAGCACAACAUUAUUCGGGCCAGAAUAUGCCUCAAACUCGCAACGUUUAGCGGAUUUAUGGAGCAAACGCUACAAGCGGCAAUUUAUAGUAAGCUGCAAUGUACAAACCAAUGACAUUGAUAGCGCUAACAUAGAAAAGGCUUUAAGCGACUGGAUAUGCGCGAAUGUGUAAGCAUAAAAAAUAGCAAUGGGUUUCAACAACAACACCAACAAUAUACUAUACUGCCAUGCCAGUAAUACCAAUAUGAAAUUAUUUUAAAAUUUCUUCUUGCUAAAAAACAUUAGUUUUAAAUUAAAUGUUAAAUAUGUAAGAUUAGUUUAGGAGAUAAAAUUGCUUUAAUAAAACCAGUUUCUCAA